CUAUGUUAGCUACUGGCCUGAGCUCACCCUCAUCAAUUAAGGGAAAUGAAUCUUGAUUUUUACUGGGUUUUUUUUUGAAGCAAGAAAAAUGGAUUCUUUCUUGAUUGUUGUCUAGCUGAGUCUCUGCAUCUUCCAUGGCUUCUCAGCCCAACAGCAAUGCUAGUCUUCUCAAGGUUCCUUCUAAUGCUGCUGCUGCUGCUGGUGAGGAUUCGAAGGGCAAUACCGUCUUUCAUGAUUUCUUGGGCAAAGGGUGUGCCCCAGAUUCGUCGUCUCCGGCCGCCGCCGCCGCCGCGAGGCCGCCCCUCUUUGAGCCCUACCCGGUGGCUUCUUCCGCCUCUCUCGGCGCCUCCUCAUGUGGCCCUGUGUCCAACACUUCAGAUAUGUGUUCUGGGCCACAGACAAGUUAUCCGUUUUCGGGCAGCAAGAGAUGCAAUUCGGAUUCUAAUAUGGUGUCUUGUAAAGAUAGGUUUCCAGCUGCUCAACCCGACUCACAUGUUAUGAAGCUACUACGGAGUGGUGCAGGAGGGGAGAGAUGCAGAGGAUCACCAUACAACGAAGAAUCACCGCUAGGAGUGCAUAAUCCAAUGAGGCCACUUUCGCCCUCUCUCUCAAUGGGUGGUGCUACUAGAAAUUAUUCUACUACCACUACUUCCAAAUGGGUCCCAGUCAAUCCUGUUCCCGCUUUGCAGUACCCUUCACACGCCGCCCAAGUUGCACCUUUUGGGUACCAAACACCUCCCAACAGGUUUAGUAGAGAUACCAACGCUGUCGCCGGUCCUUCCCUCAUAUCUCAAGCAGCUGCUGAUGAAGGGUCAAGAACGGGAAUCAAAGGGUCGGGUGUGCUUAGAAUGUCGGAUAGAGCGCUCUCUGGGGUCCCUUUAACUGUCCCUAAGCAAAACUUUGGGAUCCAAAGCUCUGAUCCUGCUGAAUCCUCUAAUCCUCGACACGGAGUGGGAUCUACUGGACGACAGAUGACAAUUUUUUACAAUGGUCAAGCUCAUGUUUUUGAUGAUGUUCAUCCCAGCAAGGCAGAUCUAAUAAUGGCGUUAGCGGGGUCCAACGGAGGGUCUUGGUCCACAACCUACUCUCCAAAAUCCACUCCACCCAACGAGGGCGAAAUGGGAAGUGGCUCGUCGGCUCUUCUAAGAGAAUUGCAAGGGAGGUCGUCAUCGUUGAGAUUGAACUCCAACCGUCCGUUUGGGUCCAGCGACCAAUCGUUUCUUCCCCCAGGUCAUCAUCAUCUUCAUCACCAUUAUAAAGGUGGUGGGAAAAGCAAGGAAAGCAGAAGUGGAUAUCAAGUAGGAGGAGAAGGUGUUGUUCUUCAUGGAGAAAAGAAUGUGGAAUGAUGAUAGCAUAUAUACAUAUGGGAUGUAAAUUUUUUAUUUUUCAUUGGGAAGAAGUCCAUUUGGUUGGUUGUUGGCAUCUUUUUUCAACAGGGACUUAUUAGUCAUUUUCCUUUAUUAAUUAGUCCAAUUAUCAUUUCCUUCCUUUUUUUACCCCUCCAAUUCUACUGCUCUUUUUCAAAAUUAGUAUUAGUAUUAGUAUUACUCUCCGUAAUGAAAAUGAAAGUGAAUG